AUGAACCAGAAGUGGAAAACAACCAUAUGGAACCCCACACAACAAGUCGCAGAGGCCACUGAAGAAGAAGGUAAAUCAAGCCAACUUGUGGAACUCAAAGCUGUUCAACUGGCCCUAGACAUUGCUGAAAGAGAGAAGUGGCCAAAGCUCUACCUCUACACUGAUUCAUGGAUGGUAGCCAAUGCUCUGUGGGGAUGGCUGGAAAGGUGGAAAAAGGCAAACUGGCAACGCAGACGAAAGCCAAUCUGGGCUGCUGAUGAGUGGAAAGACAUCGCCACCAGGGUAGAGAAACUGUCUGUGAGGGUCCGUCAUGUAGAUGCCCAUGUCCCCAAGAGUAGGGCUAAUGAAGAGCACCGAAACAAUGAGCAGGUGGAUCAGGCUGCAAAGAUAGAGGUGUCAAAGAUAGACUUAGAUUGGCAACACAAGGGAGAGUUGUUCCUAGCUCGAUGGGCCCAUGACGCCUCAGGUCAUCAGAGGAAAGAUGCCACCUAUAAGUGA